ACAUUCUUGCUUUUAUUCCUGUUUAGACUAAGAAAAAAAUUGUAAGAUUAAGAGUUAUCAUCUAAUGUGCUUAUGUGCAAAUUUUUAAACGUGAGAUCAUUGAUAGCACAAUUCACCGUGCUUAAUAACAUUGUUACUGGACGACAAAGUUGUACGAGCCUAUCACAAAUGGCUUCUUCAUCUGGUGAGUGUGUCGUUAACGCUACUGGAAAGCCCACUGGAUUAGUUAUUUUUCUUCAUGGAUUAGGAGAUACAGGAGAUGGCUGGUGCAGCCUUUUCGAAACAAUUCGGCAAAAAAAUGUAAAGUAUGUGUUCCCACAUGCGGAGAAGAUGCCUGUUAGUUUGAAUAUGGGGAUGAGAAUGCCGUCCUGGUUCGAUAUCAAAUCUCUUGAUAUGUCUGGAGAAGAAGAUGAAGCUGGUAUCACUAAAUCGGCCGAACGUAUUCGAGAGUUGAUUAAAAAAGAACAAAAAGCAUAUUCAAUACCAAGCAAUCGUGUAAUUUUGGGAGGUUUUUCAAUGGGAGGAGCAUUGGCUUUAUAUACUGGAUUAACUCACAAAGAACCACUAGGGGGUUUAAUUUUACUCAGUUCGUGGCUUCCUCUUCGAGAAAAAUUUUCGAAAUCGCAAGAUGAAUUUUCCUUGGUUAAUCAAACCUGCCCUAUAUUUCAGGGACAUGGAGAGGCAGAUCCGAUAGUCAAUAUAAAAUUUGGAAGUAUAACUCAUGAAGUGUUGCAUAAAGCUAGAAAAGCUGCAGGGCAAUCUGAUCCACCCGUCCAAUUCACUACUUAUAAACAUCUCGGUCAUUCUUCAAGUGAUCAAGAAAUGAAGGAUGUCUUGCAGUUUGUACAGAAACAUCUGUCAGAAUGUUCAUAGGAAAUACCGAAAAUUGUUUCAAUGUGCUUUCAAAACAUCUGCUCUUUCACAUCAGAUACUGACAUCUUUCUAAGGCUAAUUGAUAUAUUUAUUAUGUCGAAAACUCAAGAAUGGCAAUAAGUUUGAAAUUAAAUAUGCUGGAUAUUUUUUUUUUCCUGAAAUUGAAUGUUUUUUUAUGUAUUCGGUAAAAAUAUAUUCGUAAUAUGCAAUCAUGAUUCUGCAAAAAAAAAUCCUUUAUUAAUCUAAAUCAAAUUUGUAACGUAACGAUGAAAAAUUCUAUAAUAGCAAAUUUUUCUGAAAGGGACAAAUUCCUAAAUAAUUUAUGAUUUUUUAAAAUUACCAUAUAAUUACACCGACUUCUUACGAUAAACUGAUUAGAGUUUGAGAGAUGCAUCUAAUCUAUAAAUACUCGAUGUAAAAAAUCUAUGUAUCAGUCAUAUGUUUUGUUUGAUCAGAGUUUUGUACUUGGGCUACCUUUUAUGUGUAAUUUUCUGGGAACUAGACAUUAGAAUACAACUCACUCCGGCUUCUUAAGUUCAUAAAUCUGUACAAAAUAAUUGGUUAAUUGUUCUCAUACUUGAUAUAGACUGGUAUCAGGCCGGGACGCUGUGAUUCAGCAUAUGAUAAAGUAGCCUUAUUAACUUUCUUCUCCUAUGAGAUGAAAUUCCUAUUUUUAGAAUAUGGACUCAUGUUUUGACUGGAAUUUGUUGAUAUUCAAAUUAUUGCCGCGGCACUCAACUAUAUUUUAUGAACUACCAUUGCUAACGUUCAAUGCUUGUAUCUUAUAAUAAAAACUUAUUGUUACACCAAAAUAAUAUAAUAACAACUUUAAUAAUGAAUGAUAAAUAUUUGUGAGCAGUAUAAUUAGUAAUUUAUAAUCUCUCAAUUUUUGCUUGAUUUUCUAGUGUUAAAAGCCAAAGAUAUUUGCUAUAAAUGAUUUUAGGAAUUUGUUUACCUUUUCUUAUUUGAAGAUGAAGUUUACGCUAUUUUCACCUGAAUUGAUAAUUUCUGAGAAAUCUUUCACAUUGAAGAUAUCUUUAUGAAGUUUAGUAUAUGUUUGCCACGGAGCUACUAAUAAUUUGAACGAAGUUUCAGAACAAUGCAACAUGAGGAUUCAUAUUCCUACUUCCUUUUACUUCAACAUUAGUUUCAACAUUUAUCAAUUUACUAUUCUGUUGUUUUUUAUGUUGCAGUUUUGUAUAUUCAAAAGCCAUAUUGAACCGAGUAUGUGCCACCUUUAGAACUAAAGCUGCCCACGAAAUAACUCCCAAACUUUCAUAUACAGUAAUCAAAGAUCUGCGUUGUUUCUCUGUAUAUUAUGAUUCGUAUCUUUAACAUUAAAGGCCUUGAUUAUUUAGUUCCUUGUUGCAGAAUGUGGCAUCUUAUACAUCAAAUAGUUAACAUAAAAUAGUAGUCAAAUAGUUUUCUUUAAAAAUUCAGCUUUUUGCAAAUUAUUGAACCGGUAACUACUAUUGUGUAUAUUAUUUUUAAAUUCGAUGUUUUGGAUUGUAAUUCUUAUAUUUGCUUGUGUGGGUGACAAAUGAGAAUUUGGUCGAACAAAAACAAUUCCAUCAGCUAUGCCCCACUGUUGAUAUGUUUUUUUUUUAUUUAGA